GUUCGAUUCUCGACAGACCACCUAGGUACUUAGAUACAGACAUUGGGAAUGGGGGGCAAAGAUAGCAUUCUGUUUCGAGCGAGCCUUCCAAGGCCCACUUUCCAAUACAACAGGCACCAGCAGCAGCGAUCCUUUGACGCGAUCAGCUAUCCAGCCUGAGAUCCUUAGCCAUUAGCCUGCACAUCAUAGUCACAGAACCUGAUAGUCUCCCCGCCGGCAUGUUUGUUUUCCACAUGCACAAUCUCCUCGUCCUCAAAGAUGCAGUCAACUUGGUUGCCAAACACCAUCUUCCAGGGGCGGAUUCGAGCGUCCUUCUGCUCCAUCUCCUCGACCUUUUGAACCCAACUGUCGGGGUGCGAAGCCAUGCUCUUUACCUCCAUUGAGACUGGUCACCUCAGGAGCCGGUUGUGGAACAGGCUCGUGCAAUUCUGGGUUGUGCUUUUUGACCUCUGCGGUUCUAGUCGCUUGCAGUCUUCUGCGAUGGCAGUCAAGUUGCAUGGCAAAGCGGGCUGUUGUCAGGCAGCAACUGUCCUGGCUAACCUUGGUACCUAUAUAUACCUGAAAUUGAGAUCAAGCUGGUGCGAUCGCGACCUCUUAUUGCAAACAGAUCUCACCGGACCAAGGUUCUUAUCAAGACACGGCAGCCCUCGAUAGGCUCUGCGUCGCUUUGGAGAUUGGCCUUGUCACGCAAUCGCGUUGGGUUGCAUCUGAGAGACGACGAGAGUCCAAUAGUUAGUAGAGACGCAACAUCUAGUCCGCCCUAAUUUGCGUGUGGUAUGUUUCACAAGACGGAAGCGCAUGGGUAACAGGUUAGGAAUCCACGGG